CUCUCUCCGCAGCCCCGACACGCACGCGCUCACCCACUCUCUCUCUCUGUCUAAACCCUAGUUGACGACGACGACGACGACGACGACGACGACUAUCCAGCUAGGGUUUAGACAAUAGACAUAACCAAAAUAAGGAAAAAAAUCUCCUCGAUCGAUCAAUCACUCCUUAUCCUUUGAUCAGUUCCAUAAUCAUAACAAAAAUAUGGACAUCCCUAGCCUCGCUGUUGUCCUACAAGCUGCUCUUAGCCCCAAUCCUGACGAACGCAAAGACGCCGAGCAAAGACUCGAUCAGUUUCAGUACACACCUCAGCAUCUUGUGAGGUUGCUGCAGAUUAUUGUGGACAAUAAUUGCAAUAUGGCUGUGCGUCAAGUAGCUAGUAUUCACUUCAAGAACUUCAUUGCCAAGAAUUGGGCACCCCAUGAGCCUGGUGAGUUACCAAAGAUCUCUGCGAGUGAUAAAGCUAUGGUGAGGGAUCACAUCCUUGUGUUUCUUGUGCGCGUUCCGCCUUUAUUGAGGGUACAACUGGGUGAGUGUCUUAAAACAAUGAUCCAUGCUGAUUACCCAGAGCAAUGGCCUCACCUUCUGGAUUGGAUCAAGCUUAACCUACAAGAUCAGCAAGUAUAUGGAGCUCUAUUUGUGUUGAGGAUUCUUUCUAGAAAAUACGAGUUCAAGUCGGAUGAGGAGAGGACACCUGUUUAUCGCAUUGUUGAGGAGACAUUCUCUCAUCUUCUCAACUUAUUCAACAAGCUUGUCCAGAUACCGAAUCCUUCUCUGGAAGUAGCAGAUUUGAUCAAGCUUAUUUGUAAAAUAUUCUGGUCAUCUAUAUAUCUGGAGAUUCCAAAGCAACUCUUGGAUCCAAAUGUCUUCAAUGCUUGGAUGGUUCUUUUCUUAAAUGUUUUGGAGAGGCCUGUUCCUGUAGAGGGCCAGCCUGUGGAUCCUGAGCUUAGGAAGUCAUGGGGAUGGUGGAAGGUGAAGAAAUGGACGGUUCACAUUUUGAACAGGCUAUACACUCGGUUUGGAGACUUGAAACUUCAAAACCCAGAAAACAAAGCUUUCGCCCAGAUGUUUCAGAAUAAUUUUGCUGCGAAAAUUUUGGAGUGCCACUUGAAUCUAUUGAACGUGAUUCGUGCUGGUGGCUAUUUGCCUGACAGAGUUAUCAACCUAAUUCUUCAGUAUCUAAGCAACAGCAUCUCAAAGAAUAGCAUGUAUAAUCUACUGCAACCAAGACUUGACAUUCUUCUCUUUGAGAUAGUUUUUCCUCUUAUGUGCUUCAAUGACAAUGAUCAAAAACUCUGGGAUGAAGACCCACAUGAGUAUGUGAGAAAGGGUUAUGAUAUCAUUGAAGAUUUGUAUAGUCCCAGGACCGCUUCCAUGGACUUUGUCAGUGAGUUGGUUAGAAAACGUGGGAAGGAGAACCUUCAAAAGUUCAUUCUAUUCAUAGUGGAAAUUUUUAAGAGAUAUGAUGAAGCACCAGUGGAAUAUAAACCCUAUCGACAAAAGGAUGGUGCUCUACUUGCUAUUGGAGCACUUUGUGAUAAACUGAAACAGACUGACCCUUACAAAUCUGAACUGGAGCGUAUGUUAGUGCAACAUGUUUUCCCCGAGUUCAGCAGUCCUGCUGGCCACCUUAGAGCAAAGGCUGCAUGGGUUGCAGGACAAUAUGCCCACAUUAACUUUUCAGACCAGAACAAUUUCCGUAAAUCCUUGCACAGUGUCGUUUCUGGGUUGCGUGAUCCAGAGCUUCCUGUGCGUGUUGACUCAGUUUUUGCAUUGCGAUGCUUUGUUGAAGCCUGCAAAGAUUUAAAUGAGAUUCGUCCGAUUCUUCCUCAACUUCUUGAUGAGUUCUUCAAACUAAUGAAUGAGGUAGAGAAUGAGGACCUGGUCUUUACUUUGGAAACUAUAGUGGACAAAUUUGGGGAGGAGAUGGCACCAUAUGCUCUUGGAUUAUGCCAGAAUUUGGCAGCUGCAUUUUGGAGAUGUAUGAAUACCGCAGAAGCUGACGACGAAGCUGAUGAUCCUGGUGCUUUAGCAGCAGUUGGUUGUUUGCGUGCAAUAAGCACAAUUCUUGAGUCAGUCAGCAGGCUACCUGAUCUUUUUGUCCAAGUUGAGCCAACUUUGCUUCCUAUAAUGCGUAGAAUGUUGACAACUGAUGGCCAAGAGGUGUUUGAGGAAGUUUUGGAAAUUGUUUCAUAUAUGACCUUUUUCUCUCCAAUAAUAUCUACGGAAAUGUGGUCUCUUUGGCCCUUGAUGAUUGAAGCAUUGGCAGAAUGGGCAAUUGAUUUCUUUCCAAACAUUCUGGUUCCACUGGACAACUAUAUAUCUAGGGGGACUGCACAUUUCCUUGCAUGCAGGGAACUGGAUUACCAACAAAGCCUUUGGAACAUGAUUUCAUCGAUAAUGGCAGAUGGAAACUUGGAAGACAGUGACAUAGAACCAGCACCGAAGCUUAUUGAAGUGGUUUUCCAGAACUGUAAAGGGCAAGUGGAUCAGUGGGUUGAGCCAUAUAUGAGAAUCACUGUUCAGCGGUUGCGUCGAACUGAUAAAUUAUACUUGAAAUGUCUUCUUAUGCAAGUGGUUGCAGAUGCUCUUUACUACAAUGCAGCUUUGACCCUCAGCAUAUUGCACAGACUUGGUGUUGCUACAGAGAUCUUUACUCUUUGGUUCCAGAUGUUGGAACAAGUGAAAAAGAGUGGUGUACGGGCAAAUUUUAAAAGGGAACAUGAUAAGAAAGUUUGUUGUUUGGGACUGACAUCACUACUUGCUCUCCCUGCGGAUCAAUUACCAGGAGAUGCUCUGGGGCGUGUUUUCAGAGCCACUCUUGAUCUCCUUGUUCAAUACAAAGAUCAACUUGCAGAAGCUGCAAAGGAGGAAGAAGCUGAAGAUCUUGAUGAUAUGGAUGGUUUCCAGACUGAUGAUGAAGAUGAUGACGCUGAUGAGUCUGACAAGGAAAUGGGAGUUGAUGCUGAGGAUGGGGAUGAAGCUGAAAGCAUUAAACUUCAAAAAUUAGCUGCACAGGCAAAAUCUUUCCGUCCACAUGAUGACGAUGACGAUGACUCAGAUGAUGACUAUAGUGACGAUGAGGAUUUGCAAUCACCAAUUGAUGAGGUGGACCCUUUCAUUUUCUUUGUGGACACAAUCAAAGCCAUGCAAGCAUCAGAUCCAUUAAGGUUUCAGAAUCUUACCCAGACACUAGACUUUCAUUUUCAAGCGCUGGCAAAUGGUGUUGCCGAGCAUGCUGAGCAGAGGAGGGUAGUGAUUGAAAAAGAAAAAUUGGAGAAGGCAUCCACUGCUGGUGCUUCAUAAUUUAGAGGCUUUGGAGGGCCUGCGGUCAAACUUGUUCAUUGCUUCCUGUUCAUGCAUAUUUCAUUAGAGUCAUUGCCAUUCUCAUUAAAGCAUUUGCAUAGUUCAAUGAUCAUGGAAGUCAGUCAGGCCUGAAGAAUUAUCAGGCUCAAAGUUUUUGAGGAGCUUUGCAUGUUUGAGUUCCCAGUUAGUCUGCGUAGUGGGACAAGGGGGGCUACGACUUUCUCUGCCAAGGGUUCAGGUUAGUCAUUACAUGGUGAGUCUGGUCCAUUCUACAUCAGAAGAGGCCUGUCACGCCUACUCUUUGUUCUCCUUGUUUCACCUGUUGUAUUUUUUUGGGGGUGUUGGGGGGGAUUUUCUUUUGUUUCAAUCGCCUCUGCUCUUUGCCUUUCUGGGGCUGAGUUGAGACCCAGUGGUCCGGUGUUUGAAAUCAAGAAGUGCCCCAUGCAUAGAGUCCAUGAUGUCAUAGGGAUGGGGAUCAUUUUGGGGAGAUCAACGCUGUAAUGAUAAUUUUUGAUAAAAAGGUAGCCAACAUUCUUUUUAUUUCCUCUUCUGAUUUUUUUCUUUUAUCCCAUUUUGUAACGAGUAUAGUCCAUAAACACCACGAAACAUUGGUGCGCGAUGGUUCUGGAGAUUUUGGGUUUACUGCUUAGGCAUCCAAGGGGUAGCUCGCUGCUGGUUGUAAAACAGUUGAUAUUCUUUAUAUAAUGGGGUGGGAAGAGAAGAUUGGUUUGUA